AUGGCUCCACACAUGUCUAAGCUGCUUGGCGUUGCAACAGCCUUGUACGGUCUUUGCGUCGCUCAACCGACCAUUGGCCAAUCGGUCUCGUUUCAGGGCCCUUUUGAUGUAGAGCAGGGCGGUCUCCACAACAUCCAUGUGGAAUAUCAUGAACAGCUCAAUGGCGAGCUGACGAUCGUGUAUGGCUCAUGCACCAUCGACUCGCCGUCCCAGGCGCACCAUCAAAUUGGCCGCACGCACAUUGGCAACCACCCAGCCGCGAAGCGCCACCUGGACUGGGAUGAGCAACGCCCGACCAAGUUCGUCUGGGUGACUCCCAGUGAUGUCAUCUCCGGCUGUCUUCAUGCUUUUGUUGACGGCGGACUCGUUGGGAGGUCUGAGCAAGUCAGUGUCAAGAAGAGGAAGCUGACCCGUCGAGCCACCUUGGCUGACGUGGCUGAGCCCCUGGGUGCCUGGUUCGAUGGCGUCGAAUACAUGAAACAGAAGGAACCUGACGAGGUAUUCGUCGCUGCGACUAAGAAGAAGUCGUUUGGUAUCCUUGGAGGUGGUAUGUCUGGUCUUAUGACAUCCUUGUUGCUCGACUCGGUGGGUAUUCACAACUGGAAGAUCAUUGAAUCUUCUGGCCGUGUGGGUGGUCGCGUCAGGACGACAUAUCUUAACAACUCCAAGCCGGAGGACCACCAGUAUCACGAACUUGGUCCCAUGCGUUUCCCACAAUCCCUAACAGACCCCGAUACCAACGCCACCUACGAAAUCAUGGACCAUCGAAUGGUGUUCCAGCUCGCCGACGUUCUCAACGAACUAAACACCGGCAAUGACACCCUACAAGUCAAAUUCAUCCCUUGGAUUCAGACGAGUGCUAAUGUGCCGGUGAGCACCAACAAGCGACGCCCAGAUGGUACCUUUCCCGGUAAAAGCGAAGUCGCAAACGACCCCGCGUAUGCCGAAGCGACGGUAUAUUCAAAUGCUACGGCAGUUGCUGAGGCCGAGGAAGCGCUUGAUGAGUUCAAGGACAUGACGUCGGAGAGGCUUAAGUUCUAUGCCACCAAUGUUUUCAAGGCCCACAAGCAAGCCGUAGAGGAGGGCUACUUUGACUUCUCAGAAGUAGAGUACCUCCGCUAUGUGAUGAAGACCAAUCCCAACGUUACCGACGAGGUGGCCUCCUCAACUAGUAUCUCGCCGAUGUGGGAGUACGACACCGUUUACUUUAUGGCCGACAAAUGGCGCACGAUCGACGGAGGUCUCAGCCGCCUGCCUGCCGCCUUUGAGAAUCUCCUUAAAGGCCGCGUUAUCUUCAACUCCAAGGUCCACAGCGUCAAGCACAAUAGCGAGAACGAUACCCUCACCGUUUCCUACCGCCCGCUCGGUAGCAACCCCCGGGAGGUCAAGUCAACCACUGAGGAGUUUGACUAUCUCUUCAACACUGUUCCCCUUAACCUCCUUCGUUUCUGGGAAUUGCCUCGAUAUUCUAGCCUCAUGCGACGUGCUAUCGACCGAUACAACUUUGGCACUGCCGCCAAGAUUGCCAUCCAGUACGAGACUCGCUUCUGGGAACAUCUUGAUUUCCCCAUCUACGGCGGCUGUGGCAGCGUCAACAUCCCUCUCAUUGGCUCGAUAUGCUACCCCCCCUUUGAUAUCAACGGCACCGGCCCUGGUGUUUUGUUGGCCACCUACAUCUCGGGUCCAAACGCCAACACCGCAUGCGCCAUGACUGAUGAAGAACACGUCGCCUACGUCCAACAGGCCGUAGUUGACAUCCAUGGCUCUGUGGCCGACGACAACUGGACCGGUAACUGGGAUCGUCAGUGCUGGGACCAUGACGAGCACCACGCAGGUUCAUGGGCUUCGCCUAUUACUGGGCAGCAGCAGCUGUACAUUCCCGCUUUCUGGCGAACAGAGUUUAACACUGUCUUUAUCGGUGAGCAUACGAGUUUCACGCACGCGUGGAUCUUCAGUGCUUUGGAGAGCGCCACAAGAGGAACCGUGCAGAUGCUGCUGGAUCUCGGCUUGGUGGACGAAGCGAAGCAAAUCACAAAAACGUGGAUGGCCAGAUGGAUUACAUUAUAA